AUGCCCAAACCCUGCCUUACGACCGACGAAUUGACAACGGCGCUCGAAACGCUGGAGGGCUGGACCGCCGAGGAGGACGGCAAGGCGGUCACCCGGACGUUCAAGUUCGGCACCUUCACCCAAGCGUUCGCCUUCAUGACGGCCGCCGCACUGACGGCCGAAAAGAUGGAUCACCAUCCCGAAUGGUUCAACGUCUACAACCGGGUCGACGUGCGGCUGACCACCCACGAUUCGGGCGGCGUGACCGCGCUCGACAUCGCGCUUGCCGAAGCCAUGAACAAGGCGGCCGGCUAG